AAUCCUAAUCAGCCAUAAUUCUCAUUGAAAAAAAAAAAAAAAAAGAAACUUCUCUCUUUGUCUCUGUUUCACACACACAUUCACAUAGAGAUCGAAAAAUAAUGAGGUCAAGUUCAUACACAACAAUCUGUAUUGCAGCCAUGGUCUUAGUGAUCAUGAUUUUGGGCACACAGCCGCAGGUGGCGACGGCGGUGACAUGUCAAGUUACACAGCUGGCUCCAUGUGCAGCCGCCAUCUCCUCAUCAUCCGUACCACCUUCAAGGCAGUGUUGUGUAAAGAUAAAAGAGCAAAGACCAUGUCUAUGCCAGUACAUGAAGAACCCAAGUCUAAAAGCUUAUGUUUCCUCUCCUAAUGCCAAAAAGAUAGCCAAGAGUUGCGGAGUUCCUACUCCCAAGUGCUAGACAGUCUACAAAAAAUCUAAUCGGCCUGGUCUGCCCCUUUGUAGUACGUACCGCCAAGAAUCUCAUGUACUUUAGUCGCUAUAUAUGUAAGUGCUUAAUUAAUUAGCUAUCCUCAAUGUCUUGUACGUGGUUAAUUUACUACUUCUAUUUAUGUUGUGGCGGUGUGUUUGUUUUGUGUGUAAUCUUUAUAUAAAUAUUGUAUGUUCUCUUAAA